UCUGAUGACGUUUUCCGUCUAGGGAAAAAACAAACAUGGCGGACUCUGAAGACCUCUCUCCGGUGUAUUUUUCCGUUAACAACAUCCCUGUAGCAUUUCGCUCAGCCGACCUGAGGAAUUAUUUCAGUCAGUUCAUAGAAAGCGGCGGUUUCCAAUGUUUUCACUACCGACACCGGCCGGAGGUCCUCAGGGAGUCCGAGCGGACCGAAAACACACCGUCCGGUGACGGCGGAGAGGGCAGCUCCAACUCCCCGGAGACUGACCAAGACACAACGGAGGGCUCUGGGAAGAAACAGACGGUGAAGACGUGCUGCUGCAUCGUUUCUGUCCGCGAGAAAGAGGCAGACAGACUCGUCAGGAUGUAUGCGGGGAAACACUGGAUCAACUCGAAGGGGAACUGGCUGGCUAGACGUUGCGUUAUCAAAAGAGUCAAAGUUUCAGAUGACAAAGAUGAUGGGUCCUUCCCGUAUAAAACAAAGCACGAGCAGCGCCACCGAGUGUCCUUAACAGAGCGUUUCACAGAGGCUGACCUCAAAACCUUGCCUGAGCUGAAUCCACCUGCUCUGAUGCAGAAUGGAAACGUGGGCACACCGGUGAAAGUGUUCCUACAGCUCAUCCAGUCCUGCCGAUUGCCUCCACGCCUCAUCCGAAAGUUGGGCCUCACCUUCCCAAAAACCAGCUCUAACCGCCGUUACGGCAAUGUACCUUUUCAGUAUCGCAACAGUUGGACACUUCCAGCCACAGAGGAGACUAUAUUAACAGCUACUGGACAUGAAAUAUCAGGACCAGGCUCUUUGGCUGCUCCACCAUCAGGACAAAGAAAAUUAGCUGAUGAGAGAGAAACUAUGGAACCCGAUGAGCCACAGAAAGAAGAGGAGGAGGAUGCACAGUCAAAUGCAGAUGACGAUGAUGACUGGUGUGAGGAGUGGGAGCGCCAUGAAGCUUUGCAUGAUGAUGUAACGAGUCAGGAACGAAGUAAAGAGAGGCUGUACGAGGAGGAGAUCGAGUUGAAGUGGGAGAAGGGCGGCUCAGGCCUGGUCUUCUACACAGAUGCCCAGUACUGGCAGGAGGAGGAAGGAGAUUUCGACGAACAAACGGCAGACGACUGGGAUGUUGACAUGAGUGUCUACUAUGAUAAAGAUGGAGGUGACAUGGAUGCCCGUGAUUCUGUCCGAAUGCGGUACGAGAAAAGGCUGAGGGAGGGUCUUGAAGAUAGAUCUGGACACAGUCAGUCUAUUGGCAGCUUUGAGAGGUUCACUAAGGGCUUUGGUCGUCGUGUGAUGGAAAAGCAGGGCUGGAAGGAUGGUGAAGGAUUGGGAAACAGUCAAAUUGGAAUUCCUGAUGCUCUUGAGAGUGAGGGUCAACACCCUAAUUGCAAAAGAGGCUUUGGGUACCAUGGAGAGAAAUUGUUGUUACACUCAAAAAAGGCCAGAAAAGAUUUUCAUAUAUCCACAGUGUAUGAUAAACCCAAAGAUAUUGAUGAAGGCGACACGUUAUUGAGACGUCAACCAAGCACAAGCAUGAAGUACAGAGGCUGGCAGCCAGGUGGCACCAUUGGACCACGAAGAUGACCUUAAAUAAAAGACAAUUAUUUUAUGUGAAUUUUACUCAUUGUUUGUCUGACUUUGAUAUUAAACACCCCUUUCCAACUUUUCAUUC